AGCGGAGCCGCAUCCUCGCAGACCAACCCCGCCGGGAGGAAGCCCUUCACCGCCUCACGGGAACCCAAGCAGCCUCCCGCUCGAGUACGUGGAUCUGUGAGUCUGGUCGCCUUAACCUGACCUGUGGGAUUGACGGAUGGCGGGACGUUUCUCUGCGUGGUCCUCGCCUCCAUCUUCGCUGCCGUAGAGCCGUGCAGACAUGAGCGGCUCGCAGAGCUGAGGAGAAGUGUGCGCCAACAGCAGCAGGGGAGCUGACAGUAAAUGAGAGGCCAUCACCAUGCCCCCGGGGAAGUAUGGGAUGCAGGAGGAGUGGGAGAAGGAGGGGGACCAGGAGAUCAACAUGGACUUCCUGCUGCCUACUGGGAUCUUCCUCAAAUUCCCAGUGUCCCGAAACGACACCAUCAGAACCAUCAAAAAAAUGGUUUGGAAAAAGGCCAGCAGUGAGGCUUUGUUCGAUGGUCUUGGUGACCCUGACGGCUAUGUCUUCACCUGCAUCAACCACACGGCGGAGAGGGAAGAGCUGGAAGAGGAGUCCAGGCGGAUACGUGACGUCAGGCCUUUUAUGUGUGUGCUGAGGCUGGUGGCGAGGGAGGGUGACCGAGUAGAGAAACUCACCAAUGCCCAGAUCAGCCUGCUGAUUGGCAAAGGUCUGCAUGAGUUUGAAGCCCAGAAGAGUCAUGAGGUGGAUGAAUUUCGAACUAGGUUGCGCACAUUUUGCGAAGAAAAGGCUCAGGAGCGGCAGAAUUUGCCGUGGAAACAGUGGAUGGAGUACAGCUUCUCGUGCGACCUGGAGCCGCGCUGUUUCUCACCGGCUGCUGGCCGGUUCAAGUCAAAACACAACAAGCUUUUCAUCAAUGUCAAGUUUGAGGCUUCCGAUGAAAGUUUCGUGCUGCAGCAGGACCCCCAGGACCUCCCGGCGACUCUGAUGAGGAGCGCCCUGAAGAAGAAGGCCACCGUCUUCCGCUCAGUGCGGCAGGAGCCCGAGGACUACGUCUUACAGGUCAACGGGCGAUGGGAGUUCAUCUAUGGGAAACACCCGCUGAACCAGUUCAAAUACAUCGUGCUGUGUUUGAGAAAUGGCCAAACCCCUCAGGUCACCAUGGUGCACUACUCCACCAUCAACAAGUACCAGGAGGAGCAGGGCCAACUGUCCAACCAGAUGUACAAAGGUCGCGCCCAGUCCGGACCCCCUCCUCUGCCCCAGAAGAAGAACAAUUCCUCCCUCUGGUCCAUCAAUGAGACGUUCUGCAUUCACCUGAUGCAGGGCAGCCGAGUCAAUGCAGACGAGGGAAUGAAGCUCGUGGUGCAGGCCGGUCUCUAUAAUGGGAGCGAGCUGCUCUGUAAGGUGGUCACAAGCUCGGAGGUGGCGGUGUGCUCCGAGCCGCUGUGGGAUCAGAAGCUGGAGUUUGACAUCAACGUGUCCGACCUGCCCCGCAUGAGCCGCCUUUGCUUCGCGCUCUACGCCAUCAUUGAGAAGAACAAGAAGCCCCGGGGCACCAAAAAGAAGAAUAAGAAAGCGGACUGUCCGAUAGCCUGGGUAAACACCAUGGUGUUUGACUACAAGGACCAGCUCAAGACGGGAGAGUUCCUCUUAUCCACAUGGCCCUCUGUACCUGAUGACAAAAGUGACCUGUUGAACCCGAUGGGAACGGUGGAGAAAAACCCCAACGUGGACAGUGCCGCUGGGCUUCUCAUAUGCUUCCCCAACAUCCGGCCGCACCCCCUCUAUUACCCUGCGCUUGAGAAGAUAUGUCACAAGGAGCAGAAUGGUGAUGUACACUUUUGUUCCAAAGACGAGUACAUGAAACUAAAAGAAAUCAUGGACAACAAGAACAGCGUGGAGUUUUUCGAGGAUGAGAAAGAGCUCCUGUGGAAUCUCCGCACGGACGUCCGCGACAUUUAUCCUGAAAGUCUGUCCAAGAUGCUCCUCAUCACUAAGUGGAAUAAACGCGAGGAUGUAGCACAGAUGGUGAGUUUACUGGGGAACUGGCCCGAACUUCCUGCCAUUCUUGCUUUGGAGCUCUUAGACUACAGUUUCCCCGACCCAGCGGUCCGUUCUUUCACGAUUAGAUGCCUCAGGAAGCUCAGUAACGACGAGCUGCUGCAAUACUUAAUCCAGCUGGUGCAGGUCCUGAAGUACGAGUCCUAUCUAGACUGCGACCUCACCAGAUUCCUGCUGGAGAGGGCAUUGUCUAACAGGAGGAUAGGACACUUUUUCUUUUGGCACCUCAGGUCAGAGAUUCACGUUCCAUCUGUAAGUUUGCGUUUCGGCCUGAUUCUGGAGGCUUACUGCAGGGGGAACAUCCACCACAUGAAGCUCCUGACCAAACAGAACGAGGCCCUGGGAAAAAUGAAGGCCCUGAGUGACAUCGUCAAGUCGGGCUCGCAGAAGAUGACGGUGGAGGACCUGAAGCUUUGUAUCAGACAGGAAUCUUAUCUGGAGGCCCUGUCAAACCUGAUGUCACCACUCAACCCGAGCAUCCUCCUCACUGAGAUCAGUGCAGAUAAAUGCAGAUUUAUGGACUCCAAGAUGAAGCCGCUUUGGCUGAUGUACAAGAACCCUUCAGCUCCAGGAGACAUGGUGGGCAUCAUCUUCAAAAAUGGAGAUGAUCUUCGACAAGACAUGUUGACCCUGCAGAUGAUCCAACUCAUGGAGAAGCUGUGGAAGAGCGAAGGCCUGGAUCUCAGGAUGAUCCCGUACGGCUGCCUGUCCACCGGGAACAAAAUGGGGCUCAUCGAGGCGGUGAAGAACUCUGACACUAUUGCCAACAUCCAGCGCAACAGCAGCAACAGUGCAGCCACGGCCGCCUUAAAAAAGGAUGCCUUGCUCAACUGGCUCAAAUCUAAGAAUCCCGGGGACAAGCUGGAUCAGGCAAUCGAGGAAUUCACGCUGUCCUGCGCCGGCUACUGUGUAGCCACAUACGUUUUGGGCAUCGGAGAUCGCCACAACGACAACAUCAUGAUCCGGGAAACUGGACAGCUGUUCCACAUUGACUUCGGGCAUUUCCUGGGCAACUUCAAGCGGAAACUCGGGAUAAACAGGGAGCGUGUGCCUUUUAUCUUGACGUACGACUUCGUCCACGUGAUCCAGCAAGGAAAGACGAACAACAGCGAGAAGUUUGAGAGGUUCAGGGAGUGCUGCGAGCAAGCCUACAAGAUCCUGUGUCGGAACGGGACGCUGUUCGUCAACCUCUUCGCUAUGAUGAAGGCGGCAGGGCUGCCUGAGCUCACCUCCUUCAAAGAUAUCCAAUAUCUGAAGGACUCAUUAGCUUUGGGCAGGUCUGAGGAGGAAGCACUGAAGAAUUUCAAAGUAAAGUUCAACGAAGCUUUGCGGGAAAGCUGGAAGACAAAGGUCAACUGGAUGAUGCACUCAAUGGCCAAAGAUAAUAGACCAUGAGCCAAGAGCACUGCGCCAGUGAACUCACCAAUAAAACUUUUAUUUAAAUUAUGGCUGUGAAAUGGGAGAAGAUAUGAAACAUUUUGUAUUACAGAUGAGAUGGCAUUCAAAGCAAAUGUUUACAAGUCGCCGGCCCUUUUUUUUUUUUCACUGAAGAAUAACAUCUAAGCAGAGGCUUCCAAAGAUGAUCGGAUGACCACAACGCAUCACUUCAAAACCAACGUCUUCACAAAUGAGAUCUGUCGCUCUCAUUUGUCCUCCCGACUACAAGUGGAGGUCUUUGCUUUGGCAAGACCUCAUCUCAAAACCAGGUCGUACAUGUGUUUUUGAUUCGUCAAAAAACGCUACUAUUCAUGCAGAGUGCCGUGAGUCACCGAAACACAAAGUUUGUCUCGUGGACUACAUGACUCAGCAAAGGAGCAAACUGCAAAACUUUACUCAUAACUCAGUCAGAGGAUUCGACAACAAGCGAGUGGCGGUUUCACCUCCAGACUUUCGUGUAGCUCGCAAACCCUGGACGACUCAAUGGUUUCCGCUCGUGUCAGCUGCCUCUUUGCAAUAGUUUCUUUAUGUAUUUUUUUAACAUAUUUUAUUUAAAAUGGCUGAUCUGAAGCACUUGAAAAGUCAUAAAAGUUUGUUGUUUCUUUAAAAAAAAAAAAAAAAAGAUGUGUUGGGUUUUACUGCUUUAAUGUUGUUCAUUGUUGCCUUUAAGUAGGGUACCUUGCCUCUCGCUUGCCGAUACACUCGAAGUAUUGUAAUAUUUUGGUUUUCUUGUAGGAUGAGAACUUGUGUCUUUUAUUUUGGUAACGUGCAUGAGUACCAGGCUGCGUCGCCCAGCGGCUCUCACUGAAACGGCUACUGUGCAUUAAAGGGGUCACUUGCCAUUUCAGCUUUUUUUUUUGCUCAAACAAAAAGCACUUUGUUGGAGCUGGCAUCCCCUUAAAACACUGGAAACAGGUGGAGUCACUUCAUUUGGUUUUUAUCAAAAUUAAAAAAAGAAAAAUAAAUAAUUUCCCUACUUAAACCCCUAAAUGUCCCGACGUAAGAAGUCAUGAGCUUCACACAACGAAACUUUGUGUCUUUCCCACUUCCCUCAUUUUUUUUUCUUGGUUUCAAUUUCUAAAAUAUACGAACAAUUCUUAUAAAACACAACCAUUGUUUGUAGCCCCACAUAGAAAUGACCACAUGCUCAUUGCAAAUACUCCACACGUAUUUGGCCAGAACGGAUAAUAUGCUACUGCUCAUAUGGCUCGGUUUGAAAGGAUAGGUACUCUCGCAGAGAUGCUGUGUGUGUGUGUGUGUGUGUGUGUGUGUGUGUGUGUGUGUGUGUGUGUGUGUGUGUGUGUGUGUGUGCGCGCGUGCGCGCGUGCGUGUGCGUGUGUGUGCGUGUGUCUAUUUAAAUUUUGCACUGACUUUUAUUGUGUUUUUAUCUUAAUGUGCCAAGUGCCAAAUAAGAGAUUUAACGCUUAUGUCAAUCAUGUUAUACUUUGAUAUAGCUUAUGCAACACAAAAGUGUUUCUUGAAAUUUAAUUUAAUUUAAUUUUGUUCUUUUAAAGAUGAGGCUGUGUACCGUGUGAUAACCUCAAGGUGCUUGCAGACUACUUUACAUGCUGUAUAUCCUGCGGUCGAUCCAUCAAGGACUUCUCGUCUUAAGGGAAAUUUUGUUUUUCAUGGACUCCUAUUUUGCUUAAAAUGGUCUCAUAUCUUUAUAAUCAUAAUGACUCAUAGACGGAUUAGCUGUAGAUGACACAGCACAGAGGUUUAGCUACUGAAACAUUCACUGUGAUUGUAAACAUUGGUCAUCACUUUUACUCAUACGCGGGCUCCAUUAAACACUGCUGCUUUGAGCCACAAGGCUGGAGUUCCCUCGCUCUGUCUGGAAAUUGUGAAAUAUAUUGCUGUUGUCUCUUGAGCUGGUUGUCGGCUGUGGCUAUAAUCAAACGGUACAAACCCAUGAAGACCAUGUGUUAUAUGUGUGCAGCUAAAGCAGAUAGUCCGGUCUGUCAGCAUAGAUCAGGCGUCCACAUGACAAUCAUCUCCAUCCUCUUUUUACAUUUGCUUCAGUCGAUGUUCAGAGAGAAACAUGUCCAAUAAACACGUUGCAACCUCACCAUCCUUCCUGUUUAUUUGCAGCGUAAAAAACAGCUGAAUAAUUGGGUGAAAGCCAGAACCGCAAGGUCACCACCAUUUUUCUUUUUUUUUUUUUUCCCCCUCUAUAUCUUCCUGUAUUUUAAAAUAGUGGCCUCUUGGGCAGAUCUGUGGAAGUUUAUAUUACAGAGACCCUUUUUUUUUCUUACUUCAAAUCAAAGUAUGCAGCUUUAGACCAUGCUGAUUGUAGAAAUCAGUAAAAAUUUAACCAAAAUGAAAUGUAUGC